CAAGAAAAGAAAAUGAGUAGGAGGAUGAUGAAGACCAAAGUGGAAGAGAAGUUCUCCGAGUUCUUUGAGAAGUGGUUUGUGCAGUUAGAGGAAUACCUACAACAACUACUAACACUGUCCAAUCUGGAAACGACGAUGAUUCAGAGCGAGCCGGAGCUCCAAGCAAUGGUGUCAAGAGUGACAGCCCACGUUAAGGCUUACUACACCACCAAAUGGGCAGCGGCACACGACGACGUUUUGGCUUUCUUCUCUCCCGUUUGGCUGAGCCCACUAGAGAAUGCUUAUCUAUGGGUCACCGACUGGAAGCCCUCCUCGGUUUUCCGGCUCAUUGAGUCGCUGAGGAUGAGCCACGUCUCCAAAAUGAAGUACUUGACGGAGCCUCAGCGGAAGGACAUCGAGGAGCUGAGAGUCAAGAUAAGGCUCGAGGAGGAGAAGGUGGAGAGAGAAAUGGAGAGGCAGCAAGUGGCCAUGGCCAAUCGGAGGAUGGUCGAGCUGGCUCGCCUGGCUAGUGGCGGCGUCACCGCCGGAGCUCUGGCCGGACACGUUGAGGGGCUGGUCGAGGUGGCGCUUAAGGGCAUCCUUUGUGGGUUGGAGAGAAUGAUGAAGGCGGCCGACUGCGUCAGGUUGAAGGCGAUCAAAGGAGUGUUGGAACUGUUGACUCCAAUGCAGCGCGUUGACUUUUUGACAGCCAUUUGUAUGCUUCAGGUUCAGCUAAGGCAAGUCGGCAAAGAAAAGCUUAGUACGUUGCUAGCUAGAUAACUGGUAGUGCCCAUAACAAUGGCACCAUGAUCAUCAAUCAAUCAAUAUAUAUAUAUAUAUAUAUAUAUAUAAAGCUGAUUCUAAGUUUCCAAGUAAUAUUGUGGUGGUUUAAAGCUCUUUUUCGCUAUUCCCAAACAAAUAAGUGCUUCAUUUGUUAAAAAAAAAAAACAAAUAAGUACUAAUCUUCUUUAUCUUUGUGAUAUUCAAAAUUAACUUUG